AUGGAAUUCAUACAAGCCAUCUACUGUGCUAAAAGCAGUGUUAGACCAGCUUUUGAUAUCCAGUUCAAAUCACCAGAAUCUGGACACUAUGUUCAGGGUGUUGAACCAAUGAAACCUUCUAAAUCAUCCAGACAUUUAUAUGUUUGUGCUCUGAUGUAUGCUAGUAUAUUUGGUAACGUCUCUGCAAUCAUUCAGCGGCUGUACUCAGGGACAGCCCGUUACCACACUCAACUGCUCCGUGUAAAGGAGUUCAUAAAGUUCCAUCAGAUUCCCAACCCACUCAGACAAAGAUUAGAGGAGUAUUUCCAGCAUGCUUGGUCCUACACAAACGGCAUUGAUGUCAACACAGUGUUAAAGGGGUUUCCCGAAUGUCUACAAGCAGACAUCUGUCUUCACUUAAAUCGAAUCCUUUUAGAAAAUACCCAAGCAUUCCAAGGAGCAAGUCCAGGUUGUCUUCGAGCACUGUCCAUGAAGUUCAAGACAACUCAUGCACCAUCUGGAGAUAUUUUAGUUCAUCGAGGAGAUGUCUUAACUGCUUUAUAUUUUAUAUCAAGAGGAACUAUUGAGAUACUAAGAGAUAACAUAGUCAUGGCCAUUUUAGGGAAAGAUGAUAUUUUUGGAGAGAACCCAUGUGCUUAUUCAACUGUUGGCAAGUCAAGUUGCAAUGUACGUGCCUUGACGUAUUGUGAUCUUCAUAAGAUUAUGCGGGAUGAUUUAUUAGAUAUUCUACAGAUGUUUCCAGAAUUCUGUGACAGUUUCUCCAACAAUCUAGAAAUAACCUUUAUUUUGAGAGAUAUGGAACAACCAGGGGUUGAAUCAGAUGUUUUGCGAUCCAGGUGUGCCAUGUAUCAACAAGUUAGCUCCCCAGAGGAAGUUGAGGAUCCUCGAUCAGUGGCAUAUCAGUAUCCUCGACCACGUCGGAAAACAAAGCUUCAGAAGCAACUUUCUGCAGAACAUGAGAUAGGGUUCAGCGAUGAAGAUGACGAAAAUGACUGGAAUAACAGCAGACUACAAAUUCUGGAACUUUCUCCAGACAAAGCCGGACAAGAUGUAACACCAGCAAAUAUAGAUUUUGAAAAAAGAUUAGAAAAACGCGGAACAAUCCAUUCAUUAACAAGUUUAUUCAACCAAAUCAAACGAAGUAUAACAGACUUAAGGAAAACAAAGUCUGAGGAAGGAAUAGGUGUUUUAACAAAUAAAACAAACAUCAAUAGUUUGGUGCAUAAAGGAAGAGGAGAUUCCCCCUCCCCUUUUACCGGCCCUUCCACCAAUAAAAAAGGGGAACAUGAAAAUGGGAAAAGAGGAUCAGAAUCUUUGCAACCCAUUUCUUGUGAAGAUUUAAUGAAUAAGGGGAAUCGAGAAAAGACUCCACUUUUAGAAAUGGCUGAACCAAUGUCUGAAGCUGUUCUAUCAGUUUCCAGUCCCAUUUCCACAACAUUAAGAUCCUCUGCUCCAUUAGCAUGUGUCCCUCACCUUACCUCUAGUGGUAGUAGCCAGGCUCCAACACAGCUUGUUACGCCUAGAUCUAGAUCAGGACCAGGGAGACUGGGCUUUAGUUCUACUAGUACCCAACAACAGACUUCAUCUAGCAGUAUACCUAAAUCUAGCUCUAGUAUGACUAUACCUAUGUCCUCAUCCAGCCCUGGCAGCCAACACUCCCCAGAGGAGGAAGCAACCUUUCCUUCCUCCCAGUACUUCCCUCCUCCUCCAGGUCAUGGAGACCUGGAGACCUUAGAAUCUAGGAUAGAUAUACUCAGUAGGCAGAUACAAAAUAUUGAAAGUCGUCUGUCUAGAGACAUGCAGAAUGUGGUGAAUAUUCUGUCACAGAUUGCUUGUGCUGGUGCUAUUCCCUCCACCUUACUGCCAUCAGAAGGCAUUCAGUCUAGAUCUCCUGUUCCCGAAAAGACAAGGUCCACCCAGCGGCCAUCUUCUUUCCAAAGUCGUCACCUCCUAACGAGAGGCAGGAGUCGAUUCUUCAGAAGGGCCGUAAGUCUUCAAAAUACCCCAACCUUUACUAAGGAGUUCAAGUAUAAACUUCCUACCCGUAGUCUAGACACUAGUCGGUCACUAGAAGAAUCUGUUUUAGAAGAUAUUCAAUGGCCAAGUCCAGAGUCUAAUUCUACUGAUGAGUUGUUUGAAAGACCUCGGCCAUCUACCGUGCCUCCUACUGAUUUGAGUAAUAGGGUGCCCGAUCCACUUCGUAGCUUCUCACAACCUUCUGGACAAAGACAGCACUGGUUUAUAAAUGGAAAGCCUGUCAAGUACAUUUCAAUUCCAAUUGAUUUCCAAACUCGUAAGAAUGAAGAACAAACUGGCAGCUUGUUGUUCUCAUCUGUCAGAGAGACUGAAGCCCAGCCAUCUGGUAGUGAUAAGUCAUGGUCUGUCAGCUACGGUUCAAGGCGAGACUCCAAGUCCUCAGAUGUGUAAAUAAUUUUGUAUAGUUUAUUUGCAGUUGUAUUUAUUUUUCUACAGCAAAUUGUUUAAACAAAUGAAGUUUAUCCCGAGCUGUUUUUUAAAAGUCCUGUCUUCUUGAAGGCAUAAUUCCUGUUAUUGCUUUUACUAUAUACUGGUUAGUAUACCACUUGAUAAUAAUGUAAAGAAACUUAAAUCACUCAAAAAAUGUUUUUUUUGACAUGUAUAUAUAGAAUCAAAAUUUAAAAUUUAUAUACUUCUUUAUGAUGGGCUGGUAAGUGUUUACAAAAAUACUAUGUAUACCUCUGCAGUAUCUAUUUAAAGUAUCUGUAUUAACUGAAUAGAUGGUGUGUGUUGGUAAUCAGUUGAGAGCACAAGAAGUGGAAGUUCUUAAUGGUGGAUAUUACUUUAAUUAUCUGAAAUCUAGUUAAAUACACUGUUUUAUUGGAGUUACAUUGUAUUAAGCUAACCAUGCUGUUAAUUUUAGAAAUCAGGUCUCUUUGUAUAAUGUUCUCAUAUUGUUCUUCUUAAUAGUACAAUGAGCUGUAGUAUAUGGAAACACUUAUUGCUACCACUGAAAUACUGAUUCUAUCUGCUUUUCUUCUAUGUCAUUCUUUAAUAUGAUAUGAUUUUCAUUUAUUGUUCUUGUUUUUUGUUAUGUAGUUUUUUUACACUUUGUUACUCAGGGAAUUGUUUUCCUUUAUUGCCUCAUUCAGGGUUCUACUAUGUUUGAAGAAAUUGUCUGUGAUACAUAAAAUGAUUUUUGAAUAAAGGUCAAUUGCAUGGUGACCCAGGAAAGAUUUUUACAGGUAAUUCUUUCCAAAAUAAGAUAAUGAAGUGGUCAAAUUGUAAAAGAUACUGAAGUGGUCAAAAUAUAGAGCUUGGUAUUAGAAAAAAUGAAUUAAUUUUAACAUAUUUUUCUUUUUGUAUCUUUGCAGUAUAUUGUGUCUGAUCUUGUUAUUUGAUCAAAUAGCAACAAUGGCUAUUUUGUAUUAAUAGCCUUUUCUAUUAACAAUCAAAAUAAUGAAGCACAAAUUUAGAUCUUUUGUUUUUGUCUAGAAGACAACAUUUCUUGAUAGACAAAUACUGAUAGUUAGAAAGCAUUAUAUGUUUAAGGUAAUUUGGGAAAAUUGCUGUGAUUUUAACAUGACUACGUGUUCUGCUGGUAAUUUGCCAGUCUUGGUUUUUUGUUUUCAUAUUCCACAAGGUGUACUUAAUAGUAAGUGAGAUUUAUCUUUAAUGUUUUAUUUUCUAUGAUUAGUUAGUGCAGAUGUAUAGAAUCUUUGAAAUUAAGUUUGAAUAUGCUAAAAAACAAGACUAUACAUAAUAAAUCUUAAGUGCUCUUAAGAAAGACUGACAUCCAUUUUACCUGUUAGUCCAUUGAACUGAUAUUGUUUGUGAGUUAAUUAGAUUAUUGAGCAGCAUGUAUAGAGUGGAUGAAAUUCAAGUGAAACAUAUUCAUUGUUAAUUUGAGGAAACUUAUCCAGCAUCUUGUUCUCUGUAGCUUGUAGUACCAACUUGAUGCAAAUGUAGAGAUAUCAUUCAUUUCAUGCUAUACAAUAAAACAGCCCACUAUUCAGGGGCACCUGUAACUAAAACCCAUAAAGUUUCUCAACUUUUGUAAGUUGGUUGGUAAAAACAGUCAUUUCAUAGUUUUAAGAAAUAACACAUUGGUCAUUAUAUAUGAAUCAUUCUCUGUUACUUAGCUUUAAAUCAACAAAGAUCUUAUCACUAGAUUUAUGAAAGUAAGCAUCAUAACUUAGUAAUCA